UGAAGAUGAGCAGAAGGGCUGCUGUAUCUGCAAUCGAUCUCGUUCGUGGAAGAGGAUUUCUCAAUCGACGGUCUCAUAAAACGGGUAUUCUCUCUCCUCCAUCCUCUCUCUUCUCUUCCAAGGCUUUUCAACCUAAGCGGCGCCCAAUAGAUUUCAGUACUGUUAAAGAAUUAGAUGAUGCUGUUAAAUUGUUUGGGGAAAUGAAGAGUAUGCGGCCUGAGCCUUCUAUUCUAGUGUACAACAACCUUAUGAGUGUCAGUGUAAAGAUUGAGCAGUAUUCUUUUGCCCUCAAUGUGUUCGAUGAAAUGCUUCGGAUGGGAUUCCCUGUUAAUGUUUACAGUAUGAAUAUCGUGGUUAACUGUUGUUGUCACUUGAAAGACAUAAACUCUGGUUUUGCUAUUGUGGCCUUGUUUUUUAAGAGUGGAUACGAACCAGAUGUCACGACAAUCGGUACUCUCAUUAAAGGAUUGUUUUUAAAGGGUGAGGAGGCGGAAGCUGUAAAAUUAUUCGAGAAAGUUCUGGAUUUAAAAGUUUGCGAGCCUGAUAGUGUUAUGAUUCUGCACUUGAUAGAUGGGUUAUGCAAAACUGGACAGGUCAUUGCGGCUAGCGAUUGGGUUCAUAGAUUAGAAAGUUGUGGGUGGAGACCCAACAUUAAGGCUUAUAGCACAUUAAUUGAUGGGUUCUGCAAGGGUGGACAAAUAGAUGAAGCUUUUGAACUUCAACUUAAGAUGACCAACAAGGGUAUGUUACCCGAUGUUGUCACAUAUAAUACCAUGAUUAAUGCAUUAUGUAAAGAAGGAAAGAUGGAAGAAGCUGAGAAUUUGUUCGAAACUAUGACGAAGCACAAUAUAUGUCCCACUGUGGUCACGUAUAAUUCACUUAUUGACGGAUUUUGCUUGAGAGGUGAAACUGAUAGAGUAAAACAGUUGCUCAAUUCCAUGGUAGAGAUGGACAUAAAACCCGAUAUUGUAAGUUAUAGCAGUUUAUUAAAUGCGUACUGUAAGAAGGGGAGUGUGGAUGAAGCUCAACUUGUUUUUCUUGAAAUGUCCGAUAAAGGUUUGGUCCAUGAUGUGUAUACUUAUAAUACCAUGAUACACGGAUUAUUUAGUGCAAAUAAAUUUGUCGAGGGAUGGAAACUUUUUGAGGAUAUGGAAGAUCAACAAGUGUGUUGUCCUAACUUGCGUACGUACAAUGUGUUGUUGGAUGGGCUGUGCAGUAACGGGGAAAUUAAUGAGGCUGUUUCGUUGCUGCGCAAGAUAGAAGAUAAAGGAUUUACCCCUAAUAUUGUUAGCUACAACAGCUUAUUAAAUGGAUAUUGCAAAAAAGGAAGCGUGGAUGAAGCUUGGCUUCUUUUUCUUGAAAUUCCAAGUAAAGGGUUGGUGCGAGAUAAACAUACUUAUAAUACCAUGAUACAUGGAUUAUUUAGUGAAAAUAAAUUUUCCGAGGGCUGGAAACUUUUCGAGGAUAUGGAAGACCAACAAGUGCGUCAUGACUUGUGUACUUAUAAUACAUUGUUGUAUGGGCUGUGUAAGAAUGGAGAGAUUGAUGAGGCUCUUUCAUUGCUGCGCCUGAUUGAAGAUAAAGGAUUUACCCCUAACAUAGUCACGUAUGGUACUCUUAUAAAUGCAUUAUGCAAAAAUGGAAAACAUGGCAUUGCGAUAGAUCUUUUCAAUCAACUUCUAUCAAAUGGUGUACAGCCUGAUGCUUACAUAUAUAGUAUGAUCAUCGGUUCAUAUUGUCAAGUAGGGUCUUUGGAGGAGGUAAAACGUUUGCUGGUAGAGAUGGAGAAUCGUGGCUGUGGACCUAAUCAUGUAACAUACAGGGUCAUCAUCGGGAGUCUGCUAAAGCAAAAUGAGGUUGACAAGGCCAGAUCAUUCUUGGAAGAAAUGCGUGAAAAGGCAUUCCCAGCCGAUUCUGCAACUUCUUCGAUGCCAAGUGAGAUGAUUAAUUCCUCAAAUUGCAAUGGGGAGAUUGAUGAGGCUGUUUCAUUGUUGCGCCUGAUCGAUGAUAAAGGAUAUACCCCUGAUAUUUUCCUCACUUUCAAUUUCACCUGCCGAUUAAGGAAGAUGAGCAGAAGGGCUGCUGUAUCUGCAAUAGAUCUCAUUCAUGGAAAAGGAUUUCUCAAUCGAUUGUCUCAUAAAUCGGGUAUUCUCUCUCCUCCAUUCUCUCUCUUCUCUUUCAAGGCUUUUCAGCCUAAGCGGCGCCCAAUAGAUUUCAGCACUGUUAAAGAAUUAGAUGAUGCUAUUAAAUUGUUUGGAGAAAUGAAGAGUAUGCGGCCUCAGCCUUCUAUUCGAGUGUACAACAAACUUAUAAGUGUUUGUGUAAAGAUUGAGCAGUAUUCUUUUGCCCUUAAUAUGUUCGAUGAAAUGCUUCAAAUGGGUUUCCCUAUUGAUAUUUACACUAUGAGUAUUGCAAUUAAUUGUUGCUGUCACUUGAAAGAUAUAAACUCUGGUUUUUCUAUAAUGGCCUUCUUUUGUAAGAAUGGUUUCGAACCAAAUGCCGUGACAAUCAGCCCUCUUAUUAAAGGGUUGUUUUUAGAGGGUAAGGAGGCGGAAGCCGUGAAAUUAUUCCAAAAGGUUCUGGAUUUAAAAGUUUGCGAGCCUAAUGGUGUUAUGAUUCUGCACUUGAUAGACGGGUUAUGCAAAACUGGACAGGUCAUUGCAGCUAAUGAUUGGGUUCGUGGAUUAGAAAGUUGUGGGUGGAGACCUGACGUUUGGGUUUAUAGUGCAUUAAUUGAUGGGUUCUGCAAGGUGGGAAAUGUUGAUGAUGCUUUGAAACUUCUACCCGAGAUGAUCAGUAAAGGUAUUUUACCUAAUGUUGUCACAUAUAGUACCAUGAUUAAGGAGUGUGAUAAUGGUAGGCAUACUGAUGUUAGAAACUUAUUGAAUGAAAUGGCCAAUUCCAAGAUAUAUUUGAAUGUGCAUACUUUCAAUAUAUUGAUUGAUGCAUUAUGUAAAGAAGGAAAGAUUGUAGAAGCCGAGAAUGUGUUGGAAACUAUGACGAAGCAUAAUAUAUGUCCCACUGUGGUCACAUAUAAUACCAUGAUACACGGUUAUAAUAUAUUGUUGGAUGUGUUGUGUAGCAAUGGAGAGAUUGAUAAGGCUGUUUCAUUGUUGCGCAUGAUUGAAGAUAAAGGAUUUACCCCUAAUAUUGUUAGUUACAACAGCUUAUUGAAUGGAUAUUGCAAAAAGGGAAGCGUGGAUGAAGCUUGGCUUCUUUUUCUUGAAAUUCCAAAUAAAGGCUUGGUGCGAGAUAACCAUACUUAUAAUACCAUGAUACACGGAUUAUUUAGUGCAUGUAAAUUUGCCGAGGGCCGUAAACUAUUCGAGGAUAUGGAAGACCAACAACUGCGUCCUAAUUUGCAAACUUACAAUAUAUUGUUGGAUGGGCUGUGUAGGAAUAAGGAGAUUAAUGAUGCUAUUUCAUUGUUGCGCCUGAUUGAAGAUAAAGGAUUUACCCCUAACAUAGUCACGUACGGUGUUGUCAUAAAUGCAUUAUGCAAACAUGGAAAACAUGGCAUGGCAAGAGAUCUUUUCAAUCAACUUCCAUCGAAAGGUGUACAACCAGAUGUUCGUAUAUAUAGUAUGAUCAUUGGUUCAUUUUGUCAAGAAGGGUCUUGGGAGGAGGUAAAACGUUUGCUGGUAGAGAUGGAGAACCGUGGCUAUGGGCCUGAUCAAGUAACGUACAAUGUCAUCAUCGGGAUUCUGCUAAAUCAAAAUGAGGUUGACAAGGCAAGAUCAUUCAUGGAAGAAAUGCGGGAAAAGGGAUUCUCUGCAACUUCUUCAAUGCCUAGUGGAGAUGAUAAUUUCCUCAAAUCGAUGAAGGACCUUGAGCCCAAGGAAAUUGUAUCCUAGUCCAUAUCAAUGGGAGACAUCGUUGUUCCUGUUGUAGGGCGACUGAUGCAGCCUAAGAGCCAAAGGCUUACGUCUCGGAGCUUAAAGCUGGGUUCGAUUCUUUAUAUGCUUGUGAUAUG